UAUUAAUAAUUAAUGUUUAAUAGAGAGACAGGUAAAUUGUCAAUGUUUGUUUAUUUUUGACAAAACGUAGAAGAACACAUAAAUGGGGACAUUCCGCUGACUACAUAUCAUAGGACUGGAUGAAUAGAACUUUAUAGAGGAGGUUUAUAAGCUUAUAAACCGCACUUCAACGACUGUAUUUUGCACGGGACAAAUCAAAAUCUACAUGUAUUUCAUGAAAACCUUAUGGAUAGUAACCAAAAUUUCAUCGCAUCGAUGCCGGGGGAAAUAUUGACGAAGAUCUUCUCUUUCUUGCCAAGAAGGGACAGAUUCAUCUGCAUGUGCAUGUGUUCCCAAUGGAAGGAGGCAAUGGACGUCCCAUGCCUUUGGAAGCAUAUGUCCGUGCGACUGGACGUUGAUUUCUUUGAAGUGAGCACCAUACAGUUAACUAUCGAAUUCUGCAAGUACAUAAAGUCGCUUGAACUGAAAUUCGAGUAUCCCGAAGAACCGAUACAAUGGAUCAACUACAAGAUGAUGGACAUCACCAAGAGGACGUACAGGUUCCUCUCGAUCUUCGUCAAUAAAAACCUGCAGAUCACGCGAAUCUGCUUCAGCAAUUUCUGCUACUUCUACAGAUCCAAAAAGAUCCUAUACUACUUAUCGAUGUUUCUGAGGUCUCAAUACAAAAUUAAAGUGAUUAGCUUCAACGGAUCUUAUUUUUCCAAGAAAUCGCUGAUUCGCAUCUUGGCCAGCUCCAUUACAGCGAACCAAUGUUCCAUCGAGUGUCUCGACAUCCAGAACUCGUACUACGAGCACGAGUUCCAUCUGCCUCAUCUGGACAUCCUCUCUAGCCAGCUCAUGAUAACGCUCACUAACUUAAGUAACUUGGUGAUCUUGAAAAUAGAUUUGGAAUCGUUGAUCAACAACGGCAUCUUGGACGGAUUUAUCAAUGGGAAUUGCGAAACACUCGAGUACCUGGACAUAAGGAUCGCAGAGCACGACGUCAACAAUUUCACGAAUUCGCUGAUCUAUCCGAACAGCACCUGGAUCAAAUUGCAGAGGAAAUACGAGAACCUGAAGGUCUCCAUGGUGUUUUGUAAGUGCACGCACGAACGUUCAAUAUUCAUUAAAUUUAGAUAACAUAAUGUUCGAGACGGAGGGAAUCGACAAGAUACUUGCACGGUCCAUACCGUUGCACUGCACCACCUGGGUCAGCGACUCCAUUGUCCUGAAGAAUUUCUACAGCAAUUGCUUGAAAAAAUAUGCAGAUUCCAUAAGUAAAUUUGCAAUCGCAAUCGUUUUGCGUAUUUCACCUAUCAUGCUUUUACUUUAGAAAUCAUAAAGAUAAUCGCUCGAUCCUGUCUGAUCGACGAACUUCUGAUAUGCGCUCUGCAGAACUGUCCGCAAUUGGAGGGUCUGGAAUUCACCGGAUUCAUAAGCGACCUGAGUUACUUGCAGGACGCCUUCGAAGCUUCGCAAUUCAAUGGGUUGAGGAAAUUCGAGAUAUAUGCAAACACAAAUCAGAGCCACAACAGCCAUUUCUUAAUCACAGAAACUUUGUAUCUCAACAACAACUCUCUCGAUCC